CCAGCAUGUAUUAUUUACAUCGGUGAUCGAUUAUUGGAGACUAGAAAUUGUGCUAAUCGAUUUAACGGAGCUGCAACAAAUUGAGGAUGAAAUCUUUUCCGUGGCUUUAAACGUAGUAUUUAUUCCACACGUUGCGGCGUUUGGCAGGAUGUCAGGAUGGCAAGUGGCCCUGGCUUGCCGGACAGCCUGGUGCUGGAAAUCUUCCUGCAUCUCCCUCAUAAGGCGGUGCUGAGCGCUGGACUCACCUGCCAACAGUGGUCUGCUGUGUCACGGGACGAGUUCCUCUGGAAGGAGCUCUUCUACAACUAUUACCGCAUCCCGCGAUCUGUGCCCCGCCAUCCAGCGGCUGUGUCGUGGUACAGGGAGUUCAAGCGGCUAUACGACUGCAUCCCCUGCAUUGAGGUUCAGACACUGAAGGAGCAUCAUGAUCAGGUGCUGCAUCUGGCCUUCUCUCAUCGCGGACAUCGCUUCUCAUCCUGCUCCAAAGACUGCACCGUAAAGCUUUGGGACACAGAGCAACCAGAUGGCAAUAUCUCUUUGGUUCACAGCUCCAGCAUGCGACAGUUUAACUGGGGCUACACUCAGUUCUCCCAGUUUAAUGCUGAUGACACACUCCUGCUGGUGUCAGGAGUUUACCUGGGCCCACAUCACUCUUCCUCUGGAGAGAUCGCAGUCAUCAGUUUAGAGAACUUCACUCUGCUGUCCCGCGUGAGAAAUAAGCCGUAUGACGUAUUCGGGUGCUGGCUGAAUGAGACUCACCUGAUUUCUGGUAACCUGCACUGGAUUGGCAACAUGACCUCGUGCUCUGUGCUGUGGCUCAACAAAGCCUUCCAGGACAUUGAGUCAGAAAACGUGAAUGUGGUGAAACGCCUGUUUAAGAUCCAGAACAUCAACGCCAGCACCAUCCGUACAGUGAUGGUGGCUCACUGCCGUCGACAUGACUCUCCAGACCUGCUGCUCGACUAUGAGGCUCAGUCACAGGCUCAAGCUCAGGCCCAGCACACACAGCAGCACCAGCCUCUGCUGUUUGACCUGGGAAACACUGACAGUGAAGAGGAGGAGGAUGAAGAUGAGGACGAGGAAGUGGAUGAGCGAGGAGACCAGAGAAGCUCUGUGCAUCUGUCCUCAUUGAACCCACCUGGGUUGCAGCAUGUUAUACAUGGUCGUCAGAACAUAGCAGCUCGUGACCGGGAGUUGGAGACGCAGGUGGCCCGGCUAAUGGGCAGCAGACGUACCAAAGCUCCUGAUCCAAACCUGGUGUCUCCCUCUGCUCCUGGAGAAGGAGAGGACAAGACCUACCUCCUCUUCACCACUGGCAGCCUUACCUACUCCCCUCACCAGAUAGGUAUCAAGCGGAUAAUGCCUGAUCAGAUGACGACAUGUGGGCCUGUCUUAGGAGAGGAGCGCAGCACAGAGGAAUUCUUUGACUCGCUUGAUCAUGUGAUUGACAUACACGGCCACAUCAUUGGCAUGGGCCUGUCACCUGACCACAGGUACUUGUAUGUGAACAGUCGAGCAUGGCCGACAGGCUGUGUGAUCUCUGACCCCAUGUCCCCUCCACCCAUCGCUGAAGAGAUCGACCUGCACGUGAUUGAUCUGAAGAGUCUUCGAGAGGAACGCCGCAGCCUUCGAGCCCACCGCGCCUUCACACCCAACGAUGAGUGCUUCUUCAUUUUCCUUGAUGUCAGCCGGGACUUUGUUGCCAGUGGUGCAGAGGAUAAGCACGGUUAUAUAUGGGACCGGCACUAUAACAUCUGCCUGGCGCGCUUGCAGCACGAUGACGUGGUGAACUCCGUGGCCUUCUGUCCAGCGGACCAGGAGUUGCUGCUCUCCGCCAGCGACGACUCCACUAUUAAAGUGUGGCGCUCACCGCACAUGAUGCGACUCGGCCAGGCCCCCUCACGCCCCCCUCGGGCUCACAAACUGCUCUCUUCACUACUCGGCCACAGACGUGCUAAUCUAAACGGUAAACCCUGACCAGGGCCCUGGCAGACAUACCGCAAGAUGGUCACAGAGGCCUUGAAACAAGACACUCCAUGAGAACAGGGACACUUGUGAGGUUAAGAAAGUGUUGGGAAUGUUUGACUGGACUUCUAACUUCACUUGGCCCUCAUGCAAGAUCUGUGACUGUAAUGACCCACCGAAAAGAUGGAAAGCAUUCUUCACGAAAAGAAAUGAGUGCUUUUUGAUGUGGGCUUAUGACAAAAAUGGCACUUUGACUGCUAUAUUCGUUGCUGGGUGGGUGAAAGAUGCAUUUAGGCGCACAAUAGCAUGACAGUGUGCUUUAAAAGAUGGAUGUUAGCAGGAUGUGUGCAUAAAGUUAAAACAUCACAUUUGCAUAUACGUGCGUCACGAGUGCAGUUGUACGUCCUUUUAACCAAGUUUUGGGGAGUGUAACGGCACUUGUGCAUGUGUUUGUACUUUUCUUCAUUCUGUUUUUUUAAUAUGUGUUUCUUUUUUGUUGUUUUUAAGUAGAUCCAAGCUUGACAACCCAAUGAUGAGAACUAGGAGAGCUUGGUCAGAGUAUUUAGUCCACAUUAACAAGCAAAUGUGCAACACAAUUUUGAGUCACGGUUGUUUUAUCUGCGGUACAGUUCAACAGAAAGGGCAGUUCAUCUUACCAUGGUUACAGAAUGAAAAUUCAGAUGUUUACCUUUAAGCUACCCAUCCAAGUCAUUUUAUUUGCGCAAAUGGUUUUCUUUUGUUUUUAGAAACCAGAGAUCUACUUUAGUGGCCUCCAAAAGAAAAGAAACAUCCAGUUUUGUAAUCUCAAAGAAACUUCAGCUGUCGUCUUUGCAUUAUCAUGCGGUUAUUAAACAACGCGGCCGUGUUGCAGCUGUCUUAUGUUCGCAUAUUUAUUUUAUACAUCUAGUAUGACUACUAAGAAUUGAAAAAUGGAACGCCAACCGCUUAUCAGGUCAACUGCAAGUAUUUCAUUCUACAUUAUAUGUUUAUAAAUUCACUACAGUUUCACUAAGUUAAUGUAUAUGAGCUCCACUAAUGUACAGAAUUUUCACACUAUACAGAAUCAAGGAGCUUUUCCAUUUUAUGCCCAUAAACAUUUAUUUAAACCCCAGCACUUUGCCUUACUGAAUCAUAAACUAGCAUUAUCACUUAUUUUAAAUAUUCAGCAAAUGUGCUUAUUUGUAAUAACCUCAGAAGUUAUUGUAAAAUGAUUGAGAAAGAUCCCCAAGCCUUACAUAUGUAGUAUGUAAAGCUCAGCUGUAAUAUCGGUUUCUUUUGUUACUACGGCGUGCGACUUCUUGAAUCUCUUCCGAUUCAUCUUUUUGGAUCCUUAUGAUUUUAUUUGUGCACAUCGAAAUUAAAAUUUUAUCUGUAAUAAUUUCAGUUGGAGUUUAGACUAUAGUGUACAGCAGAAAAUGUCCUUAGUUGUACAUCCUUGUACAUCAUUGUGGCAAUUGUUUUAUGGGUUAACGCUUGUGUUUUUAAUAAACCUAAUUCGCAAAGGAUAAUUUUCUUUAUAUCUUUGACUCCAGGUUUGAACGUCUCCUGUAUAUUCGAGUUUCCCAAUUGCCCGUUACUAAUUCCCAUCAUUACAUUUUGUAUUGUGGUGUACAAAUUGUUUGCCCCAUUAAACUAUUUUUCUUUUUUCAGAUAGCAGUUUUUUGUGUUUUGCCUAUAAAAAUGACCUGUUUCCUAAAGCAGCUACAGAAUGUCUUUUUUUACUUAUAAUCAGGGUUGUGAGGGUUACUUUUGAAAUGUAUUCCACUACAGAUUACAGAAUACAUGCUGUAAAAUGUAAUUUGUAAUGUAUUCUGUUAGAUUACUCAAGGUCAGUAACGUAUUCUAAAUACUUUGGAUUACUUCUUCAGCACUGGUAGAUUUUUUCACUUGUUUUGACUAUAAAAACUCUGCCAGUACAGUAAGACAAAAUACACAUGUUAAAAAUACAUUCUCUGAAAAACCUAAAUAUCUUAUGUAGUGUUGUUUCUAAAACAAGAUAAAUCAAAUUGAUCUUGUUUUAAGGAUUAUUAGAUCUUUUUACAGGAAAACAACACAAAAAUUAUUAUCAAGAAUAUGAUUUUUGCCCUAAUAUCAAAGAUCUUACUAGUAAAAAGAAAUUUUGAUCUAACGUGAAUUUUCUUGAUAAAAAAAUAUGAACGUGCCUGGUAACAUGUGCAUGUAAACUGGCUAGAAAUAGCAUUUUAGCUUAGCGUAAAGCUGACAAUUACACAAGGUUUAUUUCUAUUUCUUCUGCUCCAAACUUACUUCAAACUUACUUCUCUGUCUGCUCGUAUGAAUGUAACACAUCAUAAGAAAGUGUUUCACCGCUGUUCAAAUGCACUUUGGAUCACAUCAUUUAUAUGUAUAAAUGUUUUCCAUCUGAAAGGACUAAAUAUUAAAUGAAACAAAUGACAAUAAAAUGCAAAGUAAUCUCUUCAUUAAUCAAAAUACUUUUUGAAUGUAACUGUAUUCUGAUUACCAAUGAUUUAAAUUGUAACUGUAGUGGAAUACAGUUACUUAUUUUGUAUUUUAAAUACGUAAUCCCGUUACAUGUAUUCCAUUACUCCCCAACCCUGCUUAUAAAGUAGUGUUUCCCUUUUAUGUAGCAAGGACUGGAUAAAAUGAACACAUUUUUUCCAUUUCCAUAUCUUUACUUGGUGAAAGUGUUGUCUCAAUUGUGUGAAAGUGCCAGCACACCUCUUGGUACAAGUACAGUUAAUUAUGAAACACAUUUUUAUUAGUAAUACAAUAUGGAUAGUACACACAAACAACUGUAUUACAAGACCAUUUUUUUUUUUACACUAUAUAUGUUGUAUGCAUAUAAUAUGACGUUAUUAUGCUUGAUUCUUUGCUAGUAUAGUUACUUCUACCCCUGAAAGAUAAAAGGAAAAUAUAAAAAUCUAUAGACAAUACAAUGUCACAUUUAUUGAUUGAUUUAUAGCUAGUGAAUAGCUAAAUAAAUGCUAAAGGAAUAUAAAAAGUCCCAACUGCAUAACUAAGAGUUAGUUAAGUCAAUGUCUACAGUAAUAAAUGAUGGAAAGAUAGGUUAUUCAUCUGCCCAAAACCAUGCCAUGCCAUGCAUUGUUACAAUGGUACACCAGUCCCUUUUAUAAGGGUUUGAAGCAGAUUAAACGUCUACAGCUUUUCAUCUUUGAAGCCAUUUAAUGCCCAAGCCCAAAUAAAAAGAACCCGACACAUGCUCAGAUGACGCUCAGAACUGGGGUGUUCUUGCUGUGAAUUAAAGCACUGGCUAGUCAUGAUGUGUGGAAGUCCAUCCUAUUCUGCUACGGUUUUUUACUCAUAACUUUUCAAACAUAACUCAAAGAAAUGUAUCAAUUAUUGCCGCAUCAAUGCUCAUGCUGCACACAAGACCUCAAUAAGAAAAACACAAAUUAAUUCAUAUCUAUGAGCUGAAGGACUCUUACAAGCGCCCACUAAACCAUUUAUCCAUAUUAAUAAUGCUCUAUUAUUCAGCUAGUUCCCAAAAUUAAAUGGCAGAUUGGUGUCAAAUGAAAAGCACGUCUCUUUAUACACCACCAUACUUCCAGCAAAAUGCCCCAUACCCCUAAAAAUUUGAUUAUACUGUUAACAUCUUUAACGGCAUGGGAAAUCUCCCUACAAGUACAUGUACUAGAUGGACUAAAUAUUUAACUGCCAUAGAAUUACGAGAUGCUAACAAUUAGUCAGCUGUCAUAUCUGAUCAUGAUAAUUAAAAUAUUUUUAUAUAUUUAUAUAUAUAUAUAUAUAUAUAUAUAUAUAUAUACAUACACA